AAGCAAAAGGAAAAGCAAACGUAUCUCUCUAGGAAACUCUAGAAGUAGAGCGCUUAUUACUUAUUGGUUGUUUGAGUGUGCUUGCUCUCUCUUGUCUUUCCACUCGAAACCUCUGGCAUCUUCUUCUCAUUCUUGCUUCGUUUCUGCUCUCUCUUCAUUUUGCCUCUCUAUCUACACUCCUUCACAGGAUGGCUGAACCAGCAUAUACCGUUGCAUCUGAUAGUGAAACCAUAGGGGAAGAGAAAUCUUCCUCUGUUUUUCCAGAAAUUGCAAUUGGAAUUGAUAUUGGUACUUCACAAUGCAGUGUUGCAUUCUGGAAUGGGUCCCAGGUAGAGCUUCUUAAGAACACUAGAAACCAGAAGAUGAUGCGGUCUUAUGUCACCUUUAAGGAUGAAAUCCCUUCAGGUGGAGUUAGCAAUCAGCUUUCCCAUGAGAAUGAAAUGUUAUCUGGAGCUGCAAUCUUCAACAUGAAACGCCUAAUUGGCAGAGUUGACACUGAUCCAGUUGUACAUGCGAGCAAAAGCCUUCCAUUUUUGGUACAAACUUUGGAUAUUGGGGUUCGCCCAUUUGUUGCUGCCUUAGUGAACAAUGUCUGGAGAUCCACCACUCCUGAAGAAGUUCUUGCAAUAUAUUUGGUAGAAUUAAGAGCUAUGGCUGAAAUCCAGUUGAAGCGGCCCAUAAGAAAUGCGGUUCUAAGCAUUCCAGUUUCCUUCAGUCGUUUUCAACUGACCCGAAUUGAACGAGCCUGUGCUAUGGCUGGCCUCCAUGUUCUCAGAUUAAUGCCUGAACCUACUGCUGUUGCAUUGUUGUAUGCACAGCAGCAGCAACUGACUGUGCAUGAGAAUAUGGGCAGUGGAAGUGAGAAGAUUGCCCUCAUUUUCAACAUGGGUGCUGGAUAUUGUGAUGUAGCUGUCUCUGCUACAGCUGGAGGAGUUUCACAGAUAAAAGCCUUAGCAGGAAGUCCUGUCGGAGGAGAAGACUUACUACAGAACAUGAUGCGUCAUCUCUUGCCAAAUUCAGAGUCUCUUUUCUCAAGCCAUGGUAUUAAUGAGAUCAAAUCUAUGGGGUUGCUUCGUGUUACAACUCAGGAUGCAAUCCACAGACUAUCAUUGCAGACUAGUGUUCAAAUUGAUGUUGACUUGGGAAAUGGAUUAAAAAUAUGCAAGGUGGUGAGUCGGGAGGAGUUUGAAGAAGUAAACAGACAAAUAUUUGAGAAAUGUGAGAACCUCAUUGUUCAGUGCUUGCAUGAUGCAAAGGUGGAGAUAGAGGAUCUGACUGAUGUAAUACUUGUUGGUGGUUGUUCAUAUAUUCCGAAAGUGAGGAAUCUUGUCAAGAGCAUCUGCAAAAAAGAGGAACUAUACACAGGUAUGAACACAUUAGAAGCGGUUGUUUGUGGGGCAGCUCUGGAAGGGGCUGUGGCUUCAGGAAUUAGUGAUCCCUUUGGGAACUUGGACCUGUUAACCAUACAAGCUACACCUCUGGCCAUUGGUAUACGAGCUGAUGGAAAUAACUUUAUACCCAUCAUACCUAGAAACACUGCAAUGCCAUCUCGUAGAGAUGUGGUCUUCACAACUGUCCGUGAUAGCCAAACUGAGGCACUGAUUAUUGUCUAUGAAGGUGAAGGAAAGAAGGUAGAGGAGAAUCACCUGCUAGGCUAUUUCAAGAUCAUGGGAAUUCCUCCAGCGCCCAAAGGAGUACCAGAAAUAAAUGUGUGCAUGGACAUUGAUACCUCAAAUGUGCUGAGAGUUUUGGCUGGAGUCAUUCUGCCUGGCGCUCAACAUCCAGUGAUUCCAGUUAUGGAAGUCAGAAUGCCGACAGUUGAUGAUGGGCAUGGUUGGUGCGCUGCAGCUCUGCACAGGACUUAUGGGUCUAAUCUAGACCUAGAGACAGUGCAGAAGAAAAUAUGAUGGUUUGUUUCAUUUAUAUGUUAAAAGAGUAUCAUACUGUGUUGACUACUGUUCUUUCUUUUAAGUGUCCUUUGACAGAACCAAUUUUCGGUGACAACAGUUGUAUGCAUUAGAGUCUUGAGUCUUUUACAAAUGUUAAUGGAUUCUGAUUUAAAAUGCCAAGUUCAUUGGUGGUUCUAUUCUGAAUCCGAAUACUUAAUACAAAGAAAUAAUACAUGUAAGUGGCUGGUUUGAUCAUUGAUGCUAUGUUUGAACAUAACUUUUAAUGGUCUAAGUUUGUAUUGAAACAAUGGCCUGUCGACUCGAUAUACUAGUGUGGAAAACGGUUCAAUUUCAUCAGUGAGUGAGAAUUUUGGAUUAAUGUGUAUUAAUUUGAAGUAUUUAACAUAAAAAGCGCGGCUAAUACUACCUCAGAAGGUGUGCGUUAGAGAAACGAGUUGUUCAUUCGUCAAUGUA